AUGAUGAUGUUGCCGGGCCAUGCCGACCUGAAAGUGGAUAAGCAAACGGAAGCCACGGUGAAGUCCCCGUUAGAAACGGUGACCCUGGAGCUGGACCCAAGCAUCUUGCAUCCUUCCCAGACUAUUCAGCCACUGCAAAACCGCUCCAUCUCGCCAUGGACCUACAACAAGUUGCUGGACGCAACCGUCUUCCCGCCGGUGUCAGAGGCCCGCUGUGUCUUGGUAGGCUGUCUGAACCCUGACGGCACCGAGGACGCGAGGCUACGAUCCAAGCCCAUCCUGCAUCAGGUGACGCUGCUGCGCCGCGUGGAGUCGCCGGAGCCGGGGGGACGGCGGCGCUUCCGCCUGGAGCCCCGCCUGGUGGCCGUGGGCUGCACGUGCAUCCGAGAUGUACGGCGGUCACCGCGAAGCUGA